GGCGGAAAGGUAGUAGCAAUGUAUUGGUCCUGUUUCAAGGUGUUUACUAUGAGGUAACUGGAAUAUACACGAAAUGACGAACUUUCCAUGACUAGUAUUUUUUUGAUGCUCUGAUGUAAGUAUGCAUUUGUUAUUUGCACAAGUGCUAGCUCAGAGGGACCUCUCAAGAGCUGGGGAUCUCUUCUCGAUUGACGACAAAGAGAUUGUUGAUGACUUGUCAGAAGUCUUAAUGACUAUCAAGGACAUUUCGUCAUCUGAAGAUUAUCUCAACAACGACAAUGACCAGGCCGUAGUAGAAAUAUGCAUUACCAGAGUCACGACAGCUAUUAAAGAAACUGGAUCCAUUAACGACAAUGCGACAGCACUAGUGUUGCUAUGGCAAUCUUGUUUAGAAUACAACCUAAAACCAAUAAACCGAGAUGAAGACUCACCACACGCUAAAAUUGCCUCCGAUAUUAUGAGUUGUUUAUUUAUGAAUUAUUCCAACAAAGCAGUAAUGGAAUUAGCCGUUCCAGUGGCAGUUAAGUUUCUAGAACAGGGCAAUAAAGAAAUUACAAGAAAUAUGUCAAGUUAUUUGUCUUUGGUUGCCAUUGAAAGUGCCAGCCUAUUGGCAAGGCACACCAUCCCCAUCAUACAGAGCAUUGUUAAAGGCAAGUCUAGUAAGCCCAGCGUUCCAAUCGAGCUUGGUAAAAUACAGAGCGUCAAGACGUUACGAAAGAGAGAUCGAAGUAUUCCACGUGCAUUUGAAAUCUUCACAAAUGAAAGAACAUAUGUGCUCAAACCGAAGGAUGGUCAGAAUGCCGAACAGUGGGUGCAGUGCUUGACAUUGGCUAUGAGACACCACGCGUGUAAGGGUACAUUCAACACAAGUUAA